GAACCACUUCCCUCGUUGGCUGCGGGAUUCAUAUUCUCGCCGAAGCAAGGCUCCAAAAAAACGAUGGAAACUUCACCAAAUAAGCGUCCAAGAGUCUAGAGCACACCAGCAACUGCACGCGUUUUAACCCAACCGCUAAAAUCACCCACGUUUCGCUGUGGCGAAAAGCUCGUCAACUCUGGAAACAGGAGCGAUGGACCCGACCGACACAGCCCCGGAUUCGUGGGAGCUGGAGGAGGAUGCCGAGGCCCCGGCUGCUGCGGCGGGGCUCCCCACCGCCUUCGCCGCCCUCAACGUCAACGCCAAGCCGUUCGUCCCAAACGUGAACGCCCCGGUGUUCGUACCCAGCUUCCUUCAAAGCAGCACCGUGGAAAUGUCGACUUCAGACGGUGCCUCUGAUCCAGUUGCCAGCAUGGAGGUGGCAGAAACACCCGCUCCGUUGGAGAACGGAGACGCCGAGGCAGACAUGACCACAGAGGAAGAGACGUGGGAGCAGAAGGAGGAGCCAGGGGGAGGAGGAGGAGGACAGGAGGACGUGCCAGGCGGAGGAGCAUGCGAGGAAGGUGCUGCGGGGAAGGAGGAUGAAGAAAUGAUGGAGGAGGAAGAGGAAGAGAUCCCAAUGCCCAAAGUGACACCCGCUCCCCCAGACGCCCCGAAGAAAGAACACGUGAACGUGGUCUUCAUCGGUCACGUGGAUGCUGGCAAAUCCACUAUCGGAGGACAAAUCAUGUACCUAACUGGAAUGGUGGAGAAGCGAACACUGGAAAAAUAUGAAAGGGAAGCGAAAGAAAAGAACAGGGAGACAUGGUACCUUUCGUGGGCCCUGGACACAAACCAGGAGGAAAGAGAUAAGGGGAAGACCGUUGAGGUUGGGAGGGCGUACUUUGAGACUGAGAAGAAACAUUUCACCAUCCUUGACGCCCCCGGCCACAAGAGCUUUGUUCCCAACAUGAUUGGGGGAGCGUCUCAAGCUGACCUGGCAGUUCUGGUGAUUUCUGCCAGAAAGGGAGAGUUUGAGACCGGUUUUGAAAAAGGAGGACAGACAAGGGAACACGCCAUGCUUGCUAAAACAGCGGGAGUCAAACAUCUAGUUGUCCUGAUUAAUAAGAUGGAUGACCCCACUGUCAACUGGAGCCUGGAAAGAUAUGAGGAGUGUAAGGAAAAGCUAGUGCCAUUUCUAAAGAAAGUGGGGUUCAACCCCAAGAAGGACAUCCACUUCAUGCCUUGCUCCGGACUCACAGGUGCCAAUCUCAAGGACCCUGUACCCGAAUGCACCUGGUACACGGGAUUGCCAUUUAUUGCCCACCUGGACAGCUUGCCAAACUUCACGAGAUCUAGUGAUGGACCAGUCAGACUACCUAUCGUAGACAAGUAUAAGGACAUGGGCACUGUCAUUCUAGGUAAGCUGGAAUCUGGAUGCAUCAGUAAAGCCCAGCAGCUGGUCAUGAUGCCAAACAGGCACACGGUGGAGGUAUUGAGCCUGCUUAGCGAUGAUGUGGAAACAGAUGAUGCAUGUCCUGGAGAAAAUCUGAAGCUGAGGCUGAAGGGCAUUGAGGAGGAAGAGAUCCUCCCUGGUUUUAUCCUCUGUAGCCCUGAUAACCUCUGCCACUCUGGACGCACCUUCGAUGCACAGAUUGUGAUUAUAGAGCAUAAAUCAAUCAUUUGUCCUGGUUACAAUGCAGUUCUGCACAUCCACACCUGUAUUGAAGAAGUCCAAAUCACGGCCUUAAUCUGUCUGGUGGACAAGAAGACGGGGGAGAAAAGCAAAACACGACCACGCUUCGUCAAGCAGGACCAGGUGUGCAUUGCUCGACUCCGGGCAGCAGGAGUCAUCUGCUUAGAGACCUUCAAAGACUUUCCUCAGAUGGGACGAUUCACUCUGAGAGAUGAAGGCAAAACUAUUGCCAUUGGCAAAGUACUGAAACUUGUGCCAGAAAAGGACUAAAUGCAGCAGCGACAACAUGCAUGGAGUUCUUCCACUUGUUAUCAGAGGAGAAACGCUGCUAGAGCCGACCCAAACAGCUACUCUCUCUUUACACAAAACUAUGCUGAAGAGGUGAACGACAACAUGAAGCACAGAAGGAGAAAAUUGCAUCAAAUGAAGAAAUCGAGACUGAAUCCGUUUUUUUGAUGAACAAUAUGAAAUGAGAAACCAAGUCCAGUGUGUCAGCUUUCUCAUAUUGAGAGCUCAGCUAUGCCACUAAUGUAGCUUCAUGCCCCCCUUCUGUACUCCCAUGGCCAACCGUGGUGUCGGCUGGCCACGCCAUUUGUUUUUAGAAUGGAGAUGGAUGCAGUGUUGCAGAGUCUGGGGAAAGAAAAGAUUUCACAUCCUGCAAAAGAGCAGAGUUAGCCUGUAAUUAUAAUUAGCAAAGUACACCUCCUUGUUUAAGAGUAGGAUUAAGACUCCAGUGGACGUUUUAUUUGAUUUUAAGGAUUGUUGUACCAAAAUGUUUAGUUUCGUCUCUCUCCUCAUGAGAAGGUUUAAUUGGACUGAGCUCACAUACUACUCUGAUGAACCAAGGAUAAAAACACACUCACACAGACACACCACUGUUACAGAAUCUAAACAGGAAAUAAAUGAUUGAGCUGCAACUAAAA